UGUCAAUACUGUGUACAAGAACAAGGGGUGUUUUGAUGCCACACGUGAGGUUUUAAAUUAAAUUAACAGCUGAAUUCACGAGACACGGGCAGCUGCAGAGUCGCAGGCGGAAAACUUUCCCUUUUUUAAUUGUUAGUCAGUAAUUUCAACAGCCACAAAGCUGGGCAAGCUUACAAACAGGACGAAAUCAUUGCUGCUGUCAUAUCGACACCGACGACGGCUGGUGGUGAGAGCUGGUUUUAAUUGUUCUGUAGGGAGCUGAUGUUAGCUUACUUAUCUACAUACAUAGACAACCAUUCAUGAAGUUUACUUUAUGUUAUUAGGAGGAUGAUAAAUGCAUGGAGAGCAUCAGAAAGAAUAUUGACCACUGAAAUUCUGCGAGUUGUUCGUUGUUUGCUUCAUUUAUUAACCUGCCAAAGCCAAUACGAGGAUGUUUCGGGCUCUGACCAAUCAUAGCCCUUCUAGCUAACACCCCGCCUCUCGCGCUGGCUGAAAUGAAUUUAUCGAACGCACUUCCGGACUCUGACCAGACAAAAGGGGGCGCUUAAGGUGGUCCUUGUCCCGUCGAUUAAUGAACGAGUAUCCACGGUGGACGUUUGACAUUUGCGCCUCGGGUUUGACGUCCUUUGUCUCUCAUGUACGCCUCUCUCGUCCCACGGCGUCGCAUGUCACGAUCAUGAGCAGCAUCUCCACUUUCACCUCCGACAGCUCCAGCGCCACCUUAACAAACCGAUGUCAGCUUUCAUGCAGUUUUUUUGCAUUGACGUCAACCACAUACAGCACAAAACAGAGGCUUUCUUCAUGUAUCGUAUGCUGGAGUCAGAAUGUGGACAGAAAGCUAAACACAGGUACCAGUUUUAAGCCAAUCUGACUGCGACAGCUGCUGCUUUAUUUCUCAUCACAUCGAGGAAGACACCGUCUGCAAGGAUAACCGCGACAAAGCCACCGUUGCCCAGAGUGCGGCCCAGGCAAGAGCCCGCGACCGCAACAUCAGGCACCAUGAUGGAAGGGGGCAUGCAGCUGCUCAACCGCGACGGCCACAGCAUCUCGCACAACUCAAAGCGGCACUACCAUGACUCCUUCGUAUCCAUGAACAGGAUGCGACAGCGCGGCUUGCUGUGCGACAUCGUGCUCCAUGUCUCCAACAAAGAAAUCAAGGCACACAAAGUGGUGCUGGCAUCCUGCAGCCCCUACUUCCACGCUAUGUUUACCAAUGAGAUGUCAGAGAGUCGGCAGACCCAUGUCACCCUACAUGACAUCGACCCUCAGGCUUUGGAGCAGCUGGUCCAGUACGCCUACACAGCAGAAAUUGUGGUCGGGGAAGGCAAUGUGCAGACGUUACUCCCAGCAGCCAGCCUGCUACAGCUCAAUGGGGUGCGGGAUGCCUGCUGUAAGUUCCUGCUCAGCCAGUUGGACCCUUCCAACUGCCUGGGCAUCCGGGGAUUCGCUGACACGCACUCCUGCAGCGACCUGCUCAAGUCGGCGCACAAGUAUGUCCUGCAGCACUUUGUGGAGGUGUCCAAGACAGAGGAGUUCAUGCUGCUGCCGCUGAAACAGGUCCUAGAUUUGAUCUCCAGUGACAAUCUCAAUGUGCCAUCAGAAGAGGAAGUGUACCGAGCUGUGCUGAGCUGGGUGAAACAUGAUAUAGAUGGACGCAGGCAACACGUGCCAUGGCUGAUGAAGUGUGUGCGGCUGCCGCUGCUGAGGCGAGACUUUCUGAUGAGCAACGUGGACACAGAGCUGCUGGUGCGUCACCACUCAGAGUGCAAGGACCUGCUGAUCGAGGCUCUCAAGUAUCACCUGAUGCCUGAGCAGAGGGGAGUCCUCAGCAACAGUCGGACGCGCCCACGACGCUGUGAGGGCGCCAGCCCUGUGCUCUUCGCCGUUGGUCAGUGUGCCCCUGAAGGUGGAGGCAGCCUGUUUGCCAUCCACGGGGACUGCGAGGCAUACGACACCAGGACGGAUCGCUGGCACAUGGUGGCGUCCAUGUCCACUCGGCGGGCACGGGUGGGCGUCGCAGCCAUUGGGAACAGACUUUAUGCUGUCGGAGGGUACGAUGGCACCUCAGACCUCGCAACUGUGGAGUCCUAUGACCCUAUCACAAACUCCUGGCAACCUGAGGUUUCCAUGGGAACACGGCGGAGCUGUUUGGGUGUAGCAGUCCUGCAUGGCCUGCUGUAUGCUGCUGGAGGUUAUGAUGGAGCUUCCUGCCUCAACAGUGCAGAGCGAUAUGACCCUCUGACCAGUACAUGGACAUCAAUUGCUGCUAUGAGCACCCGUAGGAGAUAUGUUCGAGUUGCAACUCUAGAUGGUAACUUGUACGCAGUGGGAGGUUAUGACAGCUCCUCACAUCUCGCAACAGUGGAGAAAUAUGACCCCCAGAGCAACACAUGGACAGCCAUUGCCAACAUGCUGAGUCGGCGCAGCAGUGCUGGGGUGGCCGUGCUGGAUGGCAUGCUGUAUGUCGCAGGAGGCAACGACGGCACCAGCUGCCUGAACUCCGUGGAGCGGUUCAACCCCAAGACAAACACCUGGGAGGGAGUGGCUCCCAUGAACAUACGCAGGAGCACCCAUGACCUAGUGGCGAUGGAUGGCUGGUUGUAUGCAGUGGGAGGUAAUGACGGCAGCUCCAGUCUCAACUCUAUCGAGAAGUACAACCCACGCAGCAACAAAUGGGUCGCCGCCUCCUGCAUGUUCACGCGGCGCAGCAGUGUGGGCGUGGCUGUGCUGGAGCUUCUGAACUUCCCACCGCCUUCCUCGCCCACCCUGUCGGUUUCCUCCACCAGCCUUUGACACGGGGUCACCGCCUGGCUGACCUCAGCCUCUGCUGUUACAACCCAGACUGGCUCUGGGAAGAGACGCAACUGCUCUGUUUGAGACGGGGAGGAAGAAGAGGAUGAAGACGGGAGUGGACAGGUAAAUGGAUGAAGACAGAGGGAUGGUGUGGCUAAGACUCCUGGCCUGGUUAUUAUACAGUACUCUCUAGAAAUAGUGGCACUCAUGGUAAAGGCCAACUAUGGUUUAAAAAGAUUACCGCAUAAAUUAUAAACUUUAUUUUCAAGUCAAAAUCUUUCAAAUCCUGGCAAUUAAAAUAAAACUAAAAAUAAAAACAUGUGCCACACAUAACUCUUCAUUUUUCAUAUGACUAGUUCAGAGAUGCCAGAUACUUCCUGAAAGAUUUUCAAGAAUUUUUUAAAUAUUUUGUUCCAACCACUGUGGCUGCACUUAACCAAGUUUGCCAUUAUUCUGGACUGCACUAUAACUGGUCUGGAUGACUGAAGCUCAGCUGUUCAGCGCCACCAUACAGACACCAGCUCCCACUCUCUUCAGAAGAUGUUCCUGGAUUAGGAUGUGUUAACACUGACCGAUCUCUCCUCUAACCUCACUUUCUUACCCCACCACUCUCACAGUGUUUGACACACUCAUCGUGAACUGUGGUGGACACUUAAUUCUGUCAUGUGUGAUGUAAAUGUUUUUGGUUUGAUGUUGUUGUCCUCUGCAAGAUUUUUUUCUUUUGAUGUCAGGAUUUUUUAAUGUAUAAAAAAAGAGAGAAACUGAAUGAUUUUACUUUUGGAAUGUAGCUUCUGACUGGUUAUACCAUGCAUGUUUACAUGUUGGCACCGACUCCCAACAGGAGGAUAAAAUGUUGUAGUGAUGCUAUGUCACGCUAGGUGGCAGUAACGGGCAAUGUAGUGAAUCCUUCCCUGCGCUACAGGAGAGCAUGGACACCAACAACACAGAGAAGUUAGGCCCUUGGAACUGUAAAUGAGUUUGAGUCCUUUUCUCUAUGUAUUUGUAUGUAUGUAUAUGUAUACAUAUACAUAUACGUCUGUGUGUGUAUAUAUAUGUAUAUAUAAACAUAAACACAGAAUAAUUAUGUUGAACUAUAUGUAUUUAUAAAAAUGUAUAAAUCCUAAUAUAUUCUGUUUCAAAGAUGCUAAGAGAAGGAAACAGAUCAGACCUAUGCUAUUUAAGAGUGUUUUUAAUAUAUUUAUUUAGGUGUGAUGUGCAUAUCGUCAAUGGAAAUGACAAAGAGAAUGUCUCAGUGUGAGAGAGGUAGUCGUUCGGCUUGUGUGCUUUUAGAAUUUCCCCUGCUUAAGAGAACUGAUUGUUGCAUUGUAAUAUGCAGCAUUCCGUUUGCAUUUCUUAAUAUUUCUUCACUGCCACGAGCAUGAUCUCACAUGAAACUGUACCUUAUGUCCACCACAUUUGUGCAAAAGGCUUCAGUCACUUGCAUACCUAUUGACCAGUCAAUGGAAGGACUCUAUAUGGUUAAUCCUACUUCUGAAGCACUAGUUUACCUUCAGUAUACCAACACUUGACACUAAUGAAUAACGCUGUUGACACUUGGUGCUGUCAUAUUCCCUUCCAUGCCCCAUCAAGUGUGGUGUCUUGUUAUAUUACCUCAUAGUUGAAUUGAAUCCAACUCUAUUACAAAGUUGAAUUAGACACAACUGUAUAAUCACCCACAAAUAUACUGGCUAUAGAACGUGUGGUCGGUGAUUAAGGGAACGUCACCACUGAACUUGCAUUAUCUAACAUAAAUUAAGUCUUUCUGACAGAGUUAAUUGCCGGGCUCAGUUCAGUUUGUGUAACGCAGUGAUACCAUUCUAAACUUCUGAGAAGUUACCUUUUAUUCCCCUUUUUUGUUGUUAAAGGAUUUAGUUAAUCCGUUCUGUUUAUCUGAAGCUACCUUACGUUUCAUGUGUUAGAGCAGACCCAGUAGAAUAGGGGCUGUGAGGGUCUUAUGGAGAAGCUGUAAUUCUGUUAUGAUUUGGAGAGAAAGACAAACAAAACCACACAAGACUUUGGCCUCCAUUCUGCUGAUCGAACUGUAAAUAGAGAGUUCGCUUAUCUGAAAUCCAUUUGUGCAAUUUCAAUGUGACUAGUUUUUUUUUUGUUUUUUUUUUGAGUGUUCAAUGUGGUGACAAUUGUUUAUUUAUGAUAUGUUUGUUAUUUAUGAGGAAAUUUAAAAAUAUUGAAUUUUGCACUAUUGCGAAAUGGAGCAAUACACUGUAAAAAAAAUAAAUAAAAGAUGUUUUCAGAUGUGACAAUUUACGUGUUUGAAUACAUUUUCACGCGAUGCCGGACAAAUCAAAGCAAGUUUUGUCCCUGCAUCUGCAAUAGUUUUACCCAGUGUGACAAAUACUGAAGCCACUGUAUGCCCCGUGCAAACACAAACAACCACAGACACACUCAAGGUUGUGUUGCUAAGUGUUCGUUGCUAGGCUCACUAUACCCGCACUGAUGCUUGGUAUAUUUCCAACAUACUCCUCUUUCAUAUAGUGAUCUUAGCAGACAGCUGAACACUCUCACUUUACCCUUCUUGACCUCAGUCACAUGGCAUUCACACCUGUGGCUGCCUCUGCACACACUCAAACCUAUGAACUCCCACUCUCCCAAAACACAUUCAAACACAGACCAAAUAUACACACUGGGAAACAGCUACAGCUUUGAAAGGGAGAGAAAAAGACUACGACUACACACAUAGAUGGUAUAUUCUGUGGCUUUGUUAUACUUGUGGCAUUUGAUUGCACAAUCAAACCCCUUAACUUCUUCCAAGUAUGUGCUACUUGGAAGAAGUUAAGGGGAUCAACUAACUUACCAUUUAUAUUCUAACAAACUAGUUAUCUGUCUUCUGACAAAUUUGACAGAGGAGAAAAUUUGUUUUGCAGACCUUAAACUUUCAGAACCUCAAAGGAAUCAUGAAACAUUUUUUGGAGAUAUCCUUAUUUGCUGCCAAUUAUUUGAUAGAUGAUAAGAAUGCUUCAGCUCUCAUGUCUGUAGGGUACAAAAAAUUGAAGCUCCAGCCAGCAGCUGAUUAGCUUAGCAUUAGCUAAGCCACUGGAAAAAUUGGGAGAGCGCUAGUCUGAGUGAGGGUAACAAAAUCCACUGUACAGCGAGCUUGACAAGUAAGACUAUGCAUAGCCAACCAAUAGAUAUAAGUAGUAUUAUGCAUUGCCUAAAAUGUCAAAAUACGGUUUAAUGUCUAAGGUUUUCUCAAAUUUAUACCAACAUGACAAAGUAAUGUCUAAAUGUACGAUACAGGCUACCCAAGCUUGGAAGUGAUAUUCUACCCAAAUCAAUCACUAAAGGCUUAAAAGGCGGCCUUAAAAAAUGUCAAAAGAGACUUAAAAAACUUAAAAAAGGCAAAAUAUGAAGCUGUUAGGGUUUCCAGGAUUGUGGACAGCACAAUAAGAAAGUCACAUACAUACCAAUCAGGCCUGACAGGGUGAGUUUUUCCAACUAAAAAGCGUGUACACAUUACUGUGUGUGCAUGUGUGUGUGUGUGUGUGUGUGUGUGUGUGUGUGUGUGUGUGUGUGUGUGUGUGUGUGUGUGUGAGGAUUUAAAGAUGUGCAUGGACUGUUGUGUCUGCAUGUUUCUGAUUGCUGUAGCUGUGAGUCACCUCCGCUGCUACAGCAUGAGAUGCUAAUGAGUUCACAACGUGUCUAGAUGAAUGUGCUCACUCUGGAAGAGCUGCUGCAGCUGAUCCGGAGAGAGGAGGGGGAGCGGUUGAGGUCUUUCUCUCUGUAGCCUCCAGCAUUCCUGCCACUGGAGCCUCUCCUCUUUCCCCUGGUGUCGACCACUGCACAGCCCUUAUCAGGACAUGGAGAUGUGUUCACC